GUGAAAAAAAAAAAAUCUAGAGAGAGAAAGUGGCCUAACCGCCCUCCCCUAAAGAGGAGCGAGAAACAAACGGAUCAUAAAACAAGAAAACCCGGCUUCCCAUCCAUCAAAAACCAUGCGCUCCUCCUCCACCAAGACCCUCCUCCUCACCUGCAUCUCUUUCUCUCUCAUCGCCCUCCUCUUCUUUCUCUCUCUACAAACCCAACCCAGAAAACCCACCCCAACAAGAGAGCUUCUCAUACGUCCAGGAUUCAAAUCCUACGAUGAUUACAUCCAAAAACAACUCCAGAAAACUCUCAAUCCCACCCUCAUCAGCCUCUGGAAAACCAGAGAUUGGCGUCGAAAAAUCGACGUCUUCUCUCUCUUCUUUCGUGAAUUGAAGGACCAAAAUCUGUUGAGAAACGAUUCCAAGGCCCUUUGCAUCGGAGCGAGAGUCGGCCAAGAAGUGGUAGCGUUGAGAGAGAUUGGCGUUCAGGACUCUAUAGGAAUCGAUUUGGUUCCUUCUCCUCCUCUUGUGUUGCAGGGUGAUUUUCAUAAACAGCCUUUUGACGAUGCAGUUUUCGAUUUCGAAUUCUCGAACGUGUUUGAUCACGCACUGUAUCCGGAGAGGUUUGUAGCCGAGAUCGAACGGACGCUGAAGCCCAGUGGAGUGUGCGUCCUUCAUGUGGCGAUCAAGAGGAGGGGGGACAAGUACUCUGCGAAUGAUCUGUUGAGCGUCGAGCCAUUGAUUCAGUUGUUCAAGAGCUCCGACGUUGUGAGGGUGAGGAGGGUUGAUGGGUUCGGGCUUGACACGGAGGUGGUGUUUAGGAAGAAGGGUUAGAGAGAGAGAGUUGGGGUGGGGGUUGUGCAAAGGUGGUUUGGAAUUUGAUGAGUUUCAUAGAAGUUAAUUGGCCCUUGAUGUGAGGACCUGGAAGGCUGCGAUUCUUUCAUUUUUACAAGCAAGAGUUCUUUCUGCCAUUUUUCUUUCUCUCUCUCUAACUUCUGUGAAUUUGCUGGGUUUCAUUAGCCCUUGAUUGUAAAGCCCAAAAAGAGGGCACUCAUUCUUUCAUUACUGCAAUUAAGGA